CAGUGUGUGGGGCUCGCUGGGUGGGAAGGCAGGGAUCCGGGCCGAGACAUGGCACGCUGUUUUGUGGACUGCACAGGUCCGGCAAUCUCCCCCUCUCCCAGCAAGCUUGUCUUCCUUACCAUCAUGCUCUGCUUCGUCACAUCCUUCGCCCUACAAAGGCAUGACCCAACAUUGUCGGUGUCCUGCUCGGCCUCGUCGCCGCCGUCCUCUUCCUCCUCCCCAACAAACUCCGCUCAAUCCUCCCCAUUUCCUCCUCCCUCUCUUCCUCGAGUACGGGGUCCGCGUGAGUUAGGACGUAUGUUAGAAGAGGAAAAGACGCGCGCAUUGGCGCAAGAACGAGAAGCAGACGAACGACGUUUCCAAUUCGAAACAGAAAUGGACGCUGAAGGCAUCCGCCGCCCGCGAGACCGCAAGCUUUCCUUUACACCGGCCCCCGCCUUCCUGUCCUCCUCCCACGUCCGGGAACGACCUGGUGGGAAAGGCAGCGCAGAUACAAAAGCAAGAAUGAACAUAGAGCCUAUGGCGACUGGUGGAAUGGCGGCAGCGGAGGAGGAGGGAGAACUGGCAAUUGACCGACACAUGCUGCGUAAGGCAUACGAGGUCCGUCGCGCCCAGGUAGAGUCAUUGAGUCGUUUUCAAUCCAAACGGAAACGACACGGACGGCAAAGUGGGCAGACGAGGACGUCAUUCGUUCGUGUACGCGUCAAGUUUCCGGACGGGGCCGCUUUGACGGCUCGCUUUUGUGAGGGGGAGAAAGUGGAGGACAUUUUUCGCGUGCUGGAUCGCGUCCUUCCCCCGUCCUGUCAGUCCUCCUCCCUCCCUUCCUCCUUCCACUUGCUCAGUUUGGGCGGGAAGGGGCCUCGGCGCUUGAUUCCUUCCACAGACGUGACCCUCCGCGCGGCCGGGCUGGUGGGGCCGACGGCCUCGCUUCUUUUUCGAUGGGAGAAGGGAGAAGGGCGACUGCUGCCAAAGGUAAGGAGAUAAGGGCGCGAGUUGGAAACCUUGAAUGGGAGGAUAGGAAGAAUAACAAUAAGAAACUGGC